AUGGAUCAACUUCCCCAACUUGGACGAUCAAUCUGGGAAGUCAUUCCGAAGACUUCGGAAAUAUACGCGUCUCUUUUGAACAGAAGCUCCAAAGAUGCGAUUCUGGAUAGCAACCUCGAAGUUGCAAGCUACGGCCCGGACCCUCGUCAAAAGUUGGACGUCUAUACCGCCGAAUCGAGCACGGCGCCGAUCCUAGUCUUCCUAUACGGUGGAGCUUGGGUCGAAGGUGACAGGGUCAUUGGCAGCGUACCCGGUGGGCUCGUGUACCGAAAUCUCGGCUACUAUUUCGCGAAGAAGCAAGGGUUUGAGACGAUAAUCCCCGAUUAUCGCCUGGUGCGGCAUGGUGCGAGAUACCCCGCGGGAUCGGAAGACCUUGCCCUGGUCUUGAGAUACGUCAGGGAAAGAUAUGGUACGGUUCGGCCGUUGUUUGUCCUGGGGAACUCCGCAGGGGGCGUCAACACCAUGUCGUGGCUGCUGGACGAUGCUUUCCACCAAAGCCGCGAGACGAGCAAGGUGACGGGAAUCAUCAGCUUAGGGGCUCUGAUGGACUUUGACCACCUCCCGCCGCCAUUUCCAGAUCUCCUCUUACAGUACUUCGAGGAGGGCUACACCGCGAGGUCUCCGAUCGCACUACUGCGGUCAGCGGCGUUGAACGGCCAGCUGCAAAAGGGGUGGCCGGCACUGCUGAUUCUCUGGAGUGAACUGGAUCCCGACGUGAUAGUCGAGACAAACAAUGACUUUGUCGCCGAGUUGAAAAAGAAUGGCGUCACAACAGAUGCCGAAGUGAUAAUGGGCCACAAUCACAUCAGCCCACCCAUGUCUCUGGGAACAGGGCUGAAGUCUGAGGAGGAAUGGGGUGCGUCAGUCGCCGCUUGGGUCAGGCAGCAUGUAAACAGGACUUGA